AUGGAAUCCUCCAAGGAAUACCAAAGUGAUGCGAACAACCAUACGCAAUGUUUCAUACCAGAAUCACCUCCGCCUCCAUACUCACCAGCAGAACCAUCAAACUCACUCUUCAAACCUAUCAUAAUCCCCCAAGUAACAAAAGCCUUCUCCAGCGAAAUCGCCUCGCCCUUCAUGCGCGCCUACAGCCCAACCCUCUCGGAAUACCAAAUCACUCAAGCCGACUUCCUCACAUUCCUCGACGGCCUGAACGAGGUCUUCAUUGCCAAUCCCGUCCUGCAGGCAACGAGUAUCGCAGGGUCCGUCAUGGGAAACAUCCACCCCGUCGAGAUCGUGGGUAUAGCUGUGGAGGCUGCGUCGGAGAUUGGGAGCGAAACGACGUCGUAUUUUCGGACGAGGGCAUAUUUGAAGAAGGCGAAUGCGGACAUAUUUGGCCCGAGGGGGCUGAAGGCUAAGAUAAUGGAGUUUGACAAGAUGGCUAGAGCUGUUGCUGUUCAUCCAGAUGAACUGAAGGAGAGGAUGCAGAGGGAGGCUGGGAUUUUGGAGGGGGCUGAUUCUGAGAGUGCUGAAGAUAUUGACAUAGGUAUACUUAACAGCGUUAUUGCUGAUGGGGAGGGUGGUGGUGAAGAGAUUGAAGCAAGGAGGAAUCCGAGACUUCAAUUGCUUGAUGCGCUGCAGGGGCAUGUUGCGCCGCUAGACACGGAGGGUUUGCCUGUAUCGCCAGAGCAGCGAAAUCUACUGAAACGGUGGAAUGCGUCUUUCGCUGCAAAGGAAGGACAGAAACAGCAUAAGAGGCUAGACAGGAAGGUUCGCGAGGCAAAGGAAGAGCGGGCGAAGAAGUACAAGGAGGCCCUGGAGAUCGCGCAGGAAAUGGAAAGGGACAUUGGAAAGAUUGAAGCGAAGAUUGACAAGAUACCAAAAAAGGAGGACGACGAGAUGAAGAUCGAGAAGAAGAUAUCUAGUCUCGUUGCUGAUAUGGAAAAGACUCGCAGGAAGAAGCUGAAAAAGAUGAGAGAGGCUAUGAAGGAUGGGGAUGAAGAGCUAGAGGACCUCCAGCGCAAAGACAUGGAAAAGACGCUGAAGAUCAAAUGGCUUGUUAUCUCUGCGGACUGCAAUGGUUCUCCAGAUGCCCAGAAUGAGGGCUGA